GUCAUCUCCCUCCCUAAAUAUCCCCCAAAUCUCUCUUCUCACACUCCAAUUCCAAAUCCCCAAAACCAUGUCUUCGAAUCCCAACUCUCUCUACCCACAAGUCAUCCAAACCAACCCAGAAGCCAAACCCACUUCUUCUUCUUCAUCAUCUUCUAUGUACCCUUCAGCCGACGUGACCCACCUCGCCGAGGACCUCUUCCCGGAAACCGACGCCGCUUCGGAAAAUACCCAAUCCUCUGAAGAGAUCCUGGUCAAGAUUCCGGGCGCGAUCGUCCACCUGAUCCAGAAGGACUACAGCAUCGAACUGGCAUGCGGCGAACUCACCAUCGUCGGUCUCCGGCAAGGCGGCAACGUAGUCGCGGUGCUCGCGCGCGUCGGCGACGAGAUUCAGUGGCCGUUGGCCAAGGACGAAGCGGCUGUCAAGCUCGACCACUCCCACUACUUCUUCAACCUCCGCGUUCCGGCGAGUGGGGAUAAUGGCGAGAUGGAGCUGCUCAACUAUGGGUUGACGAUUGCGACCAAGGGGCAGGACAGCUUGAUGAGGGAGUUGGACCGGGUUUUGGAGACGUAUAGUUGCUUUUCGGAGCAGAAGAUGGAGGGUUUGGAGCACUGGGAUGUUUUGGAGGGGUGUGCGGCGAGGGAGACUUCGCCGGAGGAUUUAGAUUCUGAAGAUAAGAAGAAACUGAUUGGUGACAGUUCCGCGGCGUACUGGACUACGCUGGCUCCGAAUGUAGAGGAUUACAGUUGCCGCUGUGCGAGGAUGAUUGCUUCGGGCUCGGGUCAGCUGAUUAGGGGGAUCUUGUGGUGUGGGGAUGUGACUGUGGAUAGGCUUAAGUGGGGAAAUGAGUUCUUGAAGAAGAGGAUGGGACCGUGUUCGAGUUCCGAGAUUAGUCCAGAAUCCUUGAAGAGGGUGCAAAGGGUUAAGAGGUUGACGAAGAUGACUGAGGAUUUGGCCUCUGGAAUCCUUUCUGGGGUUAUUAAAGUAUCUGGAUUCUUUACGAGUGCAAUUGUUAACUCGAGAGUGGGCAAGAAAUUUUUUAGCCUUCUCCCUGGAGAAAUUAUCCUGGCUUCCUUGGAUGGAUUCAGCAAAGUCUGCGAUGCCGUUGAAGUUGCUGGAAGGAAUGUCAUGUCAACCUCAUCGGUUGUCACCACUGGACUCGUUUCACAGAGGUACGGAGAGCCAGCAGCGAAGGUCACGAAUGAAGGGCUUGAUGCUGCAGGGUACGCUAUAGGGACUGCUUGGGCGGUGUUCAAGAUAAGAAAGGCUCUAAACCCCAAGAGUGUUAUCAAGCCUACAACUCUUGCUAAAGCUUCUUCUGAAUUAAAGUCCUCCAAGUCGAUGUCGACAAGUAGCAAGUGAUGGAUAUGCUUGGUAGCAGUUCGUUAUUGUAUUAAUUUUUUACUUUUGUAAAUUGACGGAUGUUCUUCAAAAAUGGCAAAAUGGUGCCCUUUUGCAUUUUCUAUGAUCCAAUUAUCAGUGCACUAAAGGAUAAAUGGUUUCGUUGGCAUCUUUAUGCUCAGCAGUCAGCAGUGUAACAUUUUCUUGUUUGUAGUGGAUCUUGAUUUUUGUAGUCUUUA